UGGAAGCAGCUGAUUGGCUGCAGCAGUUGGAACCUUUCUCGCCGUCUGUCACCUUGGAAUAGCUGCUGCUCGGCCGCUCUCCCGGGGAUAGCUCCUGGUUGGCCGCCGAUGCCCGCUCUCUAAAAGGUUACGUAGCGCAUGCGCGGCAGGAGCCCGGAGGCCGCUAUGACACAGGCUGAGAAGGGAGAACCGGAGAACGGCAGAGAGAAAGAGAAGGAGCAGCGGGGAGUGAAGAGGCCUAUAGUGCCGGCAGCCAUCCCUGAGCCCCUGCAAGAGCAUAUACAGAGCGACUAUGUUCUGGUCAUACACCCCGGAUCCAACACUUUGCGCAUUGGCAGAGCUACAGACACUCACCCAGCAGCGAUCCCUCAUGUUAUAGCCAGGAGGCACAAGCAACCCGGGCAACCUUCCUCCUGUGACAAGUGGCUUCUCCGAGAGGGGCUGAAUAGGCCGCAAAGCAAUGAGCAGAGACAAAAUGGACUCAAAAUGGUGGAUCAAGCCAUCUGGUCCAAAAAGAUGUCUAAUGGGACCAGACGUAUUCCUGCAGUGCCGGAGCAGGCCAGAGCAUACAAUAAACAGAUAAGGCCGGCAAUAUUGGAUCAUGAUUCUGGAGUGAAAUGGACCAGCACGUCUCACAAUGAAGAAUGCUUUGUAGGAGAAGAGGCGUUAUUUGUGAAUCCAGCUGACGGGUAUGAUAUUCACUAUCCCAUUCGGCGGGGCCAGCUCAAUAUUCAUGGCGGACCUGGGGGCUCUCUUACUGCGGUGAUAGCGGAUUUGGAAGUUAUCUGGUCACAUGUUAUACAGAAAUUCUUAGAAAUACAACUGAAAGACCUAAAGUAUUAUCGAUGUAUAUUACUCAUCCCUGACAUAUAUAACAGACAGCACGUGAAAGAGAUGGUUAAUAUGAUCCUCAUAAAGAUGGGAUUUUCAGGUGUGAUUAUCCAUCAGGAGUCGGUCUGUGCUGUGUAUGGAAGUGGAUUGACCAGUGCAUGUGUAGUUGAUGUGGGGGAUCAAAAGACCAGCAUCUGCUGCGUGGAGGACGGUAUAUCCCAUCGCAACACCAGAUUGUGUCUUGCCUAUGGUGGCUCUGAUGUCACCCGCUGCUUCUUCUGGCUUAUGCAGAGAGCAGGAUUUCCUUACCGAGAGUGUCAGCUGACUAAUACGCUGGACUGUCUUCUCUUGCAGCAGCUUAAGGAGUCAUAUACACAUCUGGACCAGGACAUUUGUGGACUACAGGAUCAUGAGCUUCAGGUGCGACGUCCAGAUGCUCCAGCUUUGUUGUACCAAAUGAGACUGGGAGAUGAAAAACUUCAGGCUCCAAUGGCUCUCUUCUACCCAGCUACAUUUGGAAUUAUUGGCCAGAAAAUGACUUAUUCACAACACAGAUCACAGGGAGAUCCAGAAGAUCCUCAUGAUGAGCAUUAUCUACUAGCAACACAAAGCAAACAGGAUCAAUCUUCUAAGGCAGCUGCAGACCGGAAAGCCUUGUCCAAACCCAGCAUGUUUGAUGAUCCACGGAGCCAGGCUAUGGAUAUUGCAGAAAGGGGACACAUGAUGGAAGCAGAGCCCUGCCAGGGAGAUGGCAUGGGGCAUAGUAAUGAUGGGGAUGAGACCUCUGCAUCUUUAUUCUCCAGGAAAACUAUGGUAUCUCAGUUUGAAGGGAAAGCACUGGGCCUGGACAAGGCAAUUCUUCAUAGCAUCGAUUGCUGCACCUCUGAUGACACAAAGAAGAAGAUGUACAGCUCCAUCUUGGUGGUUGGAGGGGGGUUAUUGUUCCCCAAGUCACAGCAGUUUCUGCAGCACCGAAUCCUCAAUAAGAUGCCUCCAUCCUUCAGGAGAGUGGUUGAAAAUGUAGAAGUUAUAACAAGGCCGAAGGAAAUGGACCCACGAGUGAUUGCAUGGAAAGGAGGCGCCGUCCUUGCUUGUCUUGACACAACUCAAGAGCUGUGGAUCUACCAGCGGGAUUGGCAGAGGUUCGGAGUGCGCAUGUUACGGGAAAGAGCUGCAUUUGUUUGGUGACCUAAAUGGACUUUUUGUGUUGUGGAUAAUCCCAUUAAUGACUGAAUAUCUCACUUUAACCCAACAUUGCUGAUGUAUUCCAGCCUGUCUACAGUGCUGAGAGAUAUGUGUGCUGGACUCAUGAAUAUGGACACCCUCACAGUAAGAUGUGUAAUAUUAUUUUUGUUACUUGAAAUAUGUCAGAGCUAAAAUGAGAAUAAACUAAUGUUUACAUAACAU